AAAUCAAUAGCCCACAAAGCGCCACUGGAACUGUGUUAGGUCAGCAUUGUUGAAUUGUUUGGGAUAAGAGCUCAUUCAAACUGAGAAUGGAUCCUUGUGAUUGCUCAAAAACUGGAAGCUGCAGUUGCGGUGGACCCUGCAAGUGCACAAACUGUGGAUGUACAACGAAAAGUUGUUGUUCCUGCUGCCCGACUGGAUGCAGCAAGUGCGCCUCUGGUUGUGUGUGCAAGGAGGGCAAGACGUGCGAUACAAGCUGCUGUCAGUGAGGGCUGACUCAUGACACUAUGUCCUCUUCCAUUACAUUAAAUUGUCCCUGUUGUACGACCCAGAGCAUUACAUUUGUGGUAAUAAAUUUCUGCUUCAA